UCCUGUGGUUCCCCUGCGGGGCCCGUGGACGUGAGAUGGGGUUCUUCCGGGUUCUUGCGGUGCUGCUGGUGCUGCUGGUGCUGGGCGGAGCCGAGAGGAGGAGGGGCGGAGACGGGAGGCGUGGCCUGGUGAGGGGGCGUGGCCGAGCGCGCGCUGUGAAGCGAUUGGCCGAGGAGUGUAAGGAGUACGUGGAGGCGGGCGAGAAGUACCUGGACUGUCAGGACCGCGGCCUCACCUCCGUCCCCCCCGACUGGCCCGCGGACACGCAGCACCUGCUGCUCGCUCGGAACCACCUGCAGGUGCUGCGCGACGGAACCUUCAGCCACCUGCCGCGGCUGCGCUCCCUGGACCUGCAGCAGAACCGCAUCUCCCGCGUGGAGGACGGCGCCUUCGCCGGGCUCGACCAGCUGCACUCGCUGCUGCUGCAGAACAACCGUCUGAGCGCGCUCAGUGAGGAGCCGCUCACCUCGCUGCCGCGCCCUGCGCUACCUGCGUCUCUAUAGCAACCCCUGGCGCUGCGGCUGCGCGCUGGACAGCCUCGUGCGCACGCUGCAGGUGCCCGCUAACCGCCAGCUGGGCAACUUCGCCAAGUGCUCGGAGCCGCAGGAGCUGCGCGGGCUCAAGCUCAAGAGGCUGAAGGCCGACCUGCUGUGUGAGGCUCCGCCCCCCCCGGACCCCAACGCCCCGCCCACGCCCACAGGGGGCGGAGCCUCACACAGGCCGCCGGGCAUCAGCAAGCCGCAGGACGCCACCAGCCUGUGCCACACCUACAUGGUGCCGCGCCCGCGACUAGA